AUGUUAAAGUCUUCGCUUACUCUUAAAAAAGAUGAGCCCAAAGCAACUGCCGGUUCCAGUAGUGUCUCUACACUGGACUCAGCUUCCUCCGAGAUGAGUUCAAAGAGUACGGACUCAGAGUCAUCCAACAGCUCAUCCUCAGGGGACAAGAAGAGGAAGAAGAAGGGGAAAGGGAGAAAGAAGCUAUCCAAGAGGGUUAAAAUGGAAAAAACACUGCAAAGAGCCCGGAAUCCCGAGCAGGCUUUGGCCCGGUACAAAAAGAUUCUUAAAUGCUACAAGAGGCUUGGAACCAUGUCUGGGGCAUUUCGAAAGGUCGGUGUUGACCGUAAUACAGUGGUGGUCAAUGCACCAAUCGCCGAGCUUUCCAUUGCUGCCCCAGACCAGUACAAGGAAGCUUUGAAAACGUAUACCCAUUCCACAAAAUUGAAAGCAUUUGCGGAACACUGUGCCUUGACAAUUCUAGGCGAUGUAGAAAUAGUUGACGCAGUCAACACGCUUAAAGCCAGUGGUAAGCUGCUACCACUGAAAAAGAAAUAAUUAUGUGCAUUUUGUAUUAUGCUUUACAAGUGUUCCUGUAAAGUAAUUUUUACAUUUUCUGUACAAUACCACUGUUCAUAUUUUAUCUGUAUUUUUUUGUUGUGUGUUCUUUGUUGAAAAGAAGAAUUUAUGUAGUUUAAAAUAAAUAUUUGUACGUUUUCAGCACUUCA